AUGUGCACACGUGGAGGGGUGGGGAGGCAAACGGGACGAGGUGGCAUCGGGCCAGGAAGGGGUUGGGCCUCGGGCAUGUUACUCAACCCUGCCUCUCUCUCUCCCCGUUGCAAAGCAUUUCGGAGCUCCUCCUCCUCCGCCCCUGCUUGCUUGCUUGCUUGCUGCAGAGCGUGCCUGUCUCUGCGAGCUGCCAUGGGACCUCGCCUGCUUCGUCCCGCGCGUCUCCUCUCCCUCGCUAAGUAUGCAAAGGGGAGGGUUCUACAAGAAUUCGAUGGGUCGUGCAGAAGCAGCUCAAUUCACUAUUCAGAUUUUGUUUCUAUUCUCCCAGCGCUGAAUCAGAGUUUGAGGCACAUGCAUACGGAAAACAGGGGUAUGCUCGGCACCACUGUUUUAUGUGUUCGAAAGGAUAACAAGGUCAUUAUUAUUGGAGAUGGGCAAGUUACAUUGGGCAAUGAAAUUAUCAAACCGAAUGUCCGAAAGGUUCGCAGACUUGGUGCUAACGUCAUCGGAGGUUUUGCAGGUGGCACUGCUGAUUCGUUUACUUUGUUUGAGAGGCUGGAGACCAAACUUGAAGAACACUCUGGCCAGCUGACGAGAGCUGCAGUGGAGCUUGCCAAAGCCUGGCGCACUGAUAAGUUUCUCAGGCGUCUUGAUGCUGUUAUGGUCGUUGCGGAUGCUGAAAUAUCUUUGACAAUAACAGGCAAUGGGGAUGUUCUAGAGCCUUACGAUGGUGUUAUUGGUAUUGGGUCCGGAGGUUCAUAUGCAUCGGCAGCUGCGAGGGCUCUUAUCGACUUACCUGACUGGGGAGCUGAGGCUAUUGCCAAGAAAGCUAUGAAGAUUGCUGCAGAUUGUUGCAUAUACACAAAUCACAACUUCACAAUUGAGCAAAUCGAGGUUGCACACACUAGAAGUUCUGAGGUUAUAGAUCAAGCAGCUAGUCUAUCUUCCACAGACCCUUGCACUACAAGCACAUAAGAGGGAACCUUUUCCUGGAGAGAAGGGAUUCAGCGUUAUGCUUCUGGGCUCAAUUUCUGUUCAGAAAGAAUGUGGUUUACAUAUGAGUUAUCAGUGCUGGAUCUUGUGAGUUGGUACCUUUCAGAGUCACUGCUUUAGUUCGUCACCAAUGAUAUUAACUUGAUAAGACGUCAUUAACCUGAGAAACCUCUUCAACCGA